AUGGGUUUUAAAGAUGAUUGUGAAACUAAUUUUGGCUCAUCUGAAUUGUACACUAUAUUGGGAUUGAAUCCAAAAGACAAAAAGAAACUAACUAUUCACGAUGUUAAAAAAGCAUAUUACAAAAAGUCUCUACUUUUUCAUCCAGAUAAAUUCCGAGAAGAGGACAGUAAAAAGGCAUACGAUGAAAAUGGUAUUACAGGUGAAGAUGAUGAUAUCAGUGACUGGGUUUCUAUUUGGAAGAAACAUUUUAAACCUGUAACUAUUGAAGAUAUUGAAGCUUAUUUGAAAACAUACACAAAUUCGGAUGAAGAAAAGCAAGAUAUAAUCGAUGCUUACAAUAAGCAUAAAGGAGAUUUAAAUAAAAUUCUCGAAUGUACUUAUAAUUAUGACGUCUCUAAUAUAGAUGAUCUCAUGAAUCUUAUAAAUAGUAUGAUUGAUGAUGGAAUAUUAGAAAAAUAUUCAAAGUGGAAACCUUUAAGUAAAGCUAAGAUAGAAAAAUUAAAAAAACGUAAAGAACAAGAAAAAAUUGAAUGUGAAACUAACCUGAAAAAAAUUAAGAAAAAUGGUAAUGAAGUAAAGAGUCUAGAAGAUAUGAUUCGUGAAAGAAGCAGAAAACGCGGACAAGACAUUUUGAUGCAAUUAGAAGAAAAAUAUUGCCAACCAAAGAAGAAGAAACUUAGAAAUUAA